CGAUCUGCUGCCGCAUAUUCUCAUUUGUCUGCGUGUCCGCUCAUCUGCUGCCAUCAUGAACCUGAAGCUCCUCUUCUUUUGCCUCUUUCUUGCUGUGAUCCUCAUCCCAGCCGAAAUGAAACCUAAAAAGCACAAAAAGCAUAAUUGUAAUCAUCAUCCUCCUAACCAUCAUCAUCAUCAUGAUCAUGACCAUGGUCCUCGAGAAGUCAGGGAUAGUAAACAUGGAAAACGUGCGAAAUGGAGAGAACGAUUUACGGACAUACUGAAUGACCCUUUCUUUGGAAUUUUGGACGGGGCUUUGGAUGAUGACGAUGACGACGACGAUGACCCAAGUGAAUGGCUCUUUGACCUACAAGAGCCAGCGGGUCGAUGUAACCCGAACCCUUGCCAAAAUAAUGGUGUCUGCAAGGAAAAAGGAAAGCACAAAUUUAAAUGCGACUGCCCAAAACAUUUCAAGGGAAGACGCUGCGAGAGAGGACCAAAGUUUUGCAAGAGAGGUCUCUGUGGCCGUGGUGAGUGCGUGGUGACUUCCACUCGACCUUUUUAUGAGUGCAAAUGCAAGCAUCCCUUCCAGCCGCCACACUGUAGAACAUACACUCUUUGUGAGCCGAAUCCAUGUAAGAAUGGCGGAAGGUGCAUCAAGGAUGGAGAUGACUUUGACUGCGAGUGUCCUUCGGGCUUCAGAGGUCGUUUCUGCCACGUUGGCCCAAAUGACUGUUAUGACGAUGAUGGUGAGUCAUAUCGUGGCACCGUGAGCGAGACAGUUAAUGGCAACGAAUGCCUCUAUUGGAACUCUCACUUCAUCCUGAAGAAUGGAGUCGAUCCUUUCAACUCAUUUGAGGACAGUGAUGGCCUUGGCCCUCACAACUUUUGCAGGAACCCAGACGGCGACUUGACGCCAUGGUGUUUCUUCAGAAGAGGGCAAAAGCUGCUGUGGAACUACUGUGAUGUAAACGAGUGUUCUGAAGAAGGAAUGGACCCUCCACCUUCUCCAGCCGAACCAGAUUCCCCAGCCUCCCCAGCUCCCCCAGACUCCCCAGCUCCUCCCCAGCCUCCUGCUCCAAAGCCCCAGCCAACAAGACCUGCCCCAGACCAAAAGCCCAGCCCGCCUCCGCAACCAAGUGACACCUCACCCACUCUCGCAUCAACUCCAAAACUGUUCAACACUUGUGGGAAGCCUCAGCCAAAGAAAGUCAUAACCCGAAUUUUUGGAGGAUUGAAGGUAUCCCCAGGAGCAUUACCUUGGCAGGUGUCGCUGCAAGUGAGACCUAAGAGAUCCACCCGGCAGUUCCAGCACAUCUGUGGAGGUGUUCUCAUUGAAAGCUGCUGGAUAUUGACAGCUGGACACUGCAUUGAGCGAGGAAAUGACAUGCAGGUGGUUAUGGGAAGACUCUCCCUGGACACUGAUGAACCCACUGAACAGAUCAUUAAUGUUGAAGAAGCUAUUGUGCAUGAGAACUACAGGGAGACUCCAGUAUCAGUUCACAAUGACAUCGCAUUGCUGCGACUGGAAGGCACUGAUGGUGUUUGUGCCAAUGAGACCCAGUUUGUGAAGGCAGCCUGUCUGCCUGAAGAGGCACUAGAUGAUGGGGAGGAAUGUACCAUUUCUGGAUGGGGUGCCACUGAGGAAUCCGACUAUGGUUCCAACCAUUUGCUGGAGGCUAAUGUUCUGCUGAUCAACCAAGCGAAAUGCUCUGACAGCAACAUUUAUGGCACAGUUUUGGAUAACACCAUGUUUUGCGCUGGCCAUCUAAAAGGAGGGAUCGAUUCCUGCCAGGGUGAUUCUGGAGGGCCGCUGACCUGUGAGCAGAACAAUACCCAUGUUGUUUAUGGUUUGGUGAGCUGGGGAGACCAAUGUGGAAAGAAGAAUAAGCCUGGGGUGUAUGCACGGGUCUCUCACUUCCUGGACUGGAUCAAAUCAAAGACUCAAGCAUCAUCUUAAUGAGGAGCAUCUACUGUAUUACUGCAUCGAGUAGAACUUAGGGCCUGAACCUCAUUCAUUAUGAGUCAGGUUUGGUGUUUGCAGUUGUCGUAGUUUGGACUGUGAAUGUAAUUAUAUAUAACCCAGUCAUGUACUUAUAAGGAUGACAUCUUGAAGUGUUCUGCACAUUUGGCAAUGAUGUGAAGCUUAUAAUGAUGAUGAUAAUGAUGAUGAUGAUGAUGACCUACAUAAUAGCUUGGAUUCAUUAUUGCCCGAGACACAGCUUUACUUGUUUGGUUUAAUCGACUAAAAAUGACUUAUGGAGGUAAUUUUACUCAAAAGGUUCAAUUUGGCUGUGUUCACACACAUAUACAUAAAAGAUAUAUUUUAUUAAUCUAUAUGUGAACAAAUGGGCACACAAGACCUCAAUUUACAACUCAAUAGGAUGCCAUUUCUCAUUUUCUCUAUCAUCUAUAAAGACACAUGAAGAUGCAGUGUCACACCUAUAUUGAGGCUUAAUUAGGUAGAUUUUUCAUACAGGUCGCCCGUGCAAGGUACACUGACAUGUGACACCGAAGGCACGAAUGACCUCGGUGCUGUGCUGUGCUGAGGGUCAUGUGGUGAAAAGAACAAGCAAUGCAUGAGUCAUUAACUCUGUGAACUGUGUGACAGUAGUUUGUCCCAGAAAUGAAUGGAUUAAAUAUUUACAGUGUAAA